AUGGCUUUCAUGGUCAAGACUAUGGUCGGGGGCCAGUUGAAGAAUCUGACGGGGGGCCUUGGAGGCGAGGAUAAGGGCGAGGGAGAAAAAUCGGAAGCCGCCGCCCAAGGGAUGACAAGAGAGGAAUUUGAGGAGUACCAGCGGCAGCUGGUAGAAGAAAAAAUGGAGCGUGAUGCCAAUUUCGCUCAAAAAAAGGCAGAACGAGCAACACUGAGAACACAUUUGAGAGACAAGUACAAGCUCCCAAAGAGUGAAUUAGAUGAGAAUCAGAUCCAACUGGCUGGCGGCGAUGUGGAACUGCCCAAAGAGUUGGCCAAAAUGAUUGAGGAGGAUAACGAAGAGGAGGCAGAAAAGGACUCUGUGUUGGGGCAGCUGACCAGCAUUCAGAACCUUGAUCUUGACACCUUGAAAGACAAGGCUCAAGCGACCCUGGAAGACUUCAAGCAAACAGCAGAAAAAUGUUGCAUCAUGUGA